AUGACGUCCGAGGAACGCGACAAAGUCUCGGCAAUUAGCCGUGUGCUGAGCGCACUGGGCGGCAGCGAGGCGUGCGGCGCUCGCUGGACCUUAGGCGCUCUGUUGCUGGCCCCACUUGCCGCCGCCAAUUCCAGCUACUGCGCUGUACCCGCGAUUAUGUUACUGGCAGCCUUCGCCACGCUCGCAACGUUCACUUGCAACAACGUAAGGAAACUGUCCGAUAUUCUUCCGCCUGCCAGAACACCUAGAGGUAGAAGGGAGAGAAAUUUGCGAUCGUUCGCCGAUUUCAUGGCAAUGUGGAUGUGCUUUCUGUCGCAUCUGGUUGCGGUAGCCAUUUGCGCUAGGAUUCUAAGUGCCACGGCAGACCAUGUUACUGGCGGCCGGACGAGAAGGUGGUUAUUUGGCUAUGAGACUCGAUCCCUUGGCGAGCCAUGGCCAGAUGUAAUAGGAGUGACUGUGGUCAUGGUGGUCUGUGCCAUGUUUAUGUGUGGUCUUGAGGAAAGUAUGAUGUUUACAUUUAUACUGUUGCUUUUGCUGUACAUAUUCAGUCAAUGUUUCGCUAUAUUUGGUUUAAUCAAUUUGGAUAUAGCAAGCAUAAAUAUGCCAAUACCAAUUACCAUGUAUGAGCUUUUCGCAACAGGCUCGCCGAUUGCAUAUGCAUUUAGCGUUGGCUUGCCACCGAUUCAAAAUGGGAAUAUGAAGAAGAAUUUAUUCCUCAUGAUCGGAUUGCCGACCAUUAUUCUUUGUGGCCUGUGCUUUCUAUAUACCAACAUGUUAAAAGGGAAUAGCAUAGACGCAGCACUACCAGUAACCACCCUGCUAGAGGCAAGAGCUGCAGGUUGGAUAUGUCCAGUAUUGGCUGGUAUCACGGUAUCGGGAAUAUGUCUCGCCCUUACCGAGCUCUGCCCCCUAUUGUUUACCGUGUUGGUAUUGUUGGCUUCUCCUGAAUGGAAAGUAUUAACAAGAUCGAUGACCUAUGAAAGUUCUACGACUGGAAGCCCUGUGUUAGCUGUUUUUACAGCAGGUUAUUUGGCGGCAAUACUGGCUUUCGCGUGUCCAUUAUCACAUAUGAUCACCUUGAUAAACGCAAGUCACUUAUUUGGAAUAACAAUUCAAGCAUUUCAUUUUAUCGUCAUGAGAUGCGUUCCAACAGCUGAACAAAUGGAGGCAGGAAACAUUGAAUAUAAGCGUCUUGGAUCUGAAGGCAAUUCACGAGUUAUCAAAUCCACUUCAAUGAAGUCCAAACGUGGGUUGUGGUUUAUCCCGUCAGCAAUACGCCAUACUAAAACCUUAGAAAGUAUCAAGUCAAAAGUGACAAAAGAGACUGAAGAGCGGGAGUGUCUUCUUCUUGACGAGUACGCAGGUUGCCCCACUGAGGAUAUAGAGCAAACAUCCAGUGGUCAUAGUGGCGUAAGAGAAAUGGCAACAGUAGAAGUGGAUGUCCAGUCUGAUGUAGACGCUAGUGAACCUGAUAUAUCUUCAGGUGAUGACUCCACGGACAUAGAUGCCGUGGUAAAGGAAUACAAAGAUACAAUACAGGUAGUUACGGCAAUACCCGAAGCGAGCACUCCCGCUCCCCCGAGCAUCCGCGGUGCUCGCUGGUCGGCGGCCGGUGCCAUAGUACAAGUGGUGGCCACCGGUUUUAUAGCAGUCGCCUUCUGCAACGACGCUUUGAGACUACCCAUGUUCCUCACAGGAAUACCGUUGUGGCUAUGCGGUACAUUUAUUUGUAUAUGGCAACCUGCUCAUAAAAUAAGUAUGAGGAGAACUCAAGGUGUGGAAGGACCAAUAACGAUGAUAAUGGCAUUGUUAUUCUUGACACCAUUGCUUAUUGACUCCUGGCCAGCUAUCAUUCUUUUUGCUGGAGCAGGCGUAGUGAUAUACGCUCGCUGCGAGCGGUGGUGCGGCGACUUGGCCGUGCAGCAAGCGCGCAGCACGCUCGAGCGACGCAAGCGCGCGGCCCGACCGCUCACCGGUACACUCGCACAUAUCGACACUGUGUACAUCGCCAGGUAUUCACUAGUUUUGCACCAAAAUACCAUUUCUAGUGUUACUUUUCUUAGAAUUUUUAUAUGGUAUUAA